AUGCCACGUCCAGUAGGAUCCUGUCCCCAGCACGGCGGACAUCGAGAUCGUCCGGACAAGCUUGAGCUCUACGUUCAGAUUUGCAAGCCACAUGAUACCGUCGUUCAUUGGAUGAUCGCUAUGAAGUAUCCAGAUGCUGACCGUUGCACUCGGUUGCACAGCAUCGGCUAUAUGGGCAAUCGUACCUUGUCCAUUGAGCAUGACAAGCGAUUCGAUAGUGAUCAAGUCGAGACCACACACUAUCUCGGACGGAUUCGUGUCAGCGAGAGCACCACUGUCGAGAUGGAGGCUGAGAAGGUUCCACUACAGAGCUGCCAGCUCUGGGCUUGUUAUUUGAUUCUUAGACUUGAGCGCAAGGGACUGCUGAAAGAAGACGUGAGGAAGAUUAUGGACCGGGAGAUGAUGAUUCAUGCCCUGUUCAUGGGCAUGCAGGUCAUGGACACGCAGACCAUGGACACACAGAUCAUGACCACGCAGGCCAUGACCACGCAGGCCAUGAGCAUACAGGCCAUAGGCAUAGACGUCAUAGACACGCAGGUCAUGGUCACACAGAUCAUGGGCACACAGAUCAUGGCCACGAAGGCCAUGACCACGCAGGCCAUGAGCAUACAGGUCAUAGGCAUAGACGUCAUAGGCACACAGGUCAUGGCCACACAGAUCAUGAUCACACAGCUCACGGCCACGAAGGGCAUGGGCUGGGCAUACAGAUCCCGGAUCAUGGCCACACAGACCAUGACCACACAGAUCAUGGGCACACUCGUCAUGGGCACACAGGUCAUGGCCGCAGAUACAGACAUUAGGUAUCAGUAUCAUUCCUUUUCAUCGUCGGAUUUGGCUCAUUGGCUUUAG